UAUAUGAUUCCGCUACAGCAAGCGUCUCUUUCUCAUUCCCUCGCACGCCUUUUCCUUCGCCUCCGUCGUUCCCUCUCCUCUGUCCUCUCCCCGCGGCGCUGCCAGGUGCGUGCUAGCUCUCCUCCCCUGCCCCGGAAUGCGCGAUGCCAAGCCCCUCCGGCUCCAGCGGCGGGGCCCCGGCAUCACCCUGCACCUUUUUGUUGCCGUCCUCCUCCUCGCCGGCGUCGCACGAGCCCAGCGGAGCCCGCUGCCCCCGCCGCCGCCGCUGGCGCCGGCGCUGUCGGCCGUCGAGAAGCAGCUCAACAACCUGACCAACCAAGUCGCCGGAACCAUCUCCGACAAGUUCAGCUUCUGCGUCGCCGACCCGCAGGAGGAUUGGAACGAGGCCUUCAACUACACGUCCAACCUCGCCUUCGUGGAUCAGUGCCUCAAAGAAACCCAAGGUGAUCUGCCGCAGCGUCUAUGCACACCUGAUGAAGUCAAAUUCUACUUCUCAAGUUUGUAUGACCGUGACGGUGAUAAGAACAUCAACCUGAAGACUAACAUAAACUGCAACAUAUCUUCUUGGGGGAAGGGGUGUGAUCCAGGAUGGGCUUGCGCCUCCGAUCCAGUCCCUGAUCCCAGAAACCGUGAUAGGAGCAACAUUCCGCUGAGAAGAAGGAACUGCCAGGCGUGCUGCGAGGGCUUCUUCUGCCCUCGUGGUCUUACUUGCAUGCUCCCUUGUCCACUAGGCUCAUACUGUCCACGUGCCACGGCGAAUGAAACAACUGGUCUUUGCGAUCCAUACAAGUAUCAGAUAACUCCAAACUCAACAGAGAGUUGUGGAGGUGCUGACAUGUGGGCUGAUAUCCAGAGCACUGAAGAAAUCUUCUGCCCAGCUGGUUACUAUUGUCCAACCACAACAAAAAAAGAUUCUUGUACCAGUGGGCACUUUUGCAGAUUGGGUUCCACCGCUGAAAAUAAAUGCAUAAUAAAGCGCAACUGUGAUGAAAACGCAGAUAAGGAAAGCAUCGUCAUUCUUGGUGCUUGCAUAGUGGGUGCAUUGUGCCUGCUGCUUCUGAUCAUAUACAACUGCUCAGACAAAUUCCUCAGUAUCCGUGAACGGAGGAAGGCAAAAUCACGGGAGAAUGCCAUUCAGCUGGCUCGGCAGCAGAUGAAGGCGCAAGAGGGAUGGAAGGCGGCAAAACAGUUUGCACGAAGGCAUGUGAAUGGCAUGCAGGGUCAUCUUUCACGCACAUUUUCGCGAAGGAAGUCGUUUCGUCAGCAGGCUGACCUGGAGACUUCAAGCCAUAGAGUGCAGGAAGCACCACUGAUGGGAAAUGUCAAGACGCAGGAACUGUCAGACUCUGCUGUGUUUGCAGCUGAGAGCACGAAUGAGAUAACUGAAGUGAUGCCAUCAGUUAUUGUUGAUGUCAGUGGUGAAGGAGAAGUUGUUGCUGCAAAAGAAAAGCCUGUGCCAAAAGGAAAGCACAGAUCAACCCACACACAAGUAUUCAAGUAUGCAUAUGGUGAGAUCGAGAAGGAGAAGUUCCGAGAGCAGGAGAACAAGAAUCUAACCUUCACUGGGGUGAUUGACAUGGUGAAGGAUCAGCAGAAAGAGAUAACUAGGCCUUUGCUCAAGGUUGAGUUCAGGGACCUGACUUUGAUGCUUGGAAAAAAGAAGCUGUUAAGAUCUAUCAAUGGCGAGCUCCGCCCAGGCCGUGUGACUGCUGUCAUGGGCCCAUCAGGAGCUGGCAAGACCACAUUCCUCAAUGCCGUCACUGGGAAGGUGAACGGCUAUAAGAUGACAGGUUCGGUCCUUGUUAAUGGGAAGAAUGUUAACAUCCGUUCUUACAAGAAGAUCAUUGGUUUUGUGCCACAAGAUGACAUUGUUCAUGGGAACUUAACUGUGGAGGAGAACCUUUGGUUCAGUGCAAAGUGCAGGCUCUCUGCUAGAAUGAAGCAUCGCGACAAGGUCCUUAUAGUGGAGAGAGUAAUAGAUUCUCUGGAUCUUCAAGGGAUCAGAACUUCAUUGGUUGGGACUGUUGAAAAGCGUGGGAUUUCUGGUGGGCAGAGAAAGCGUGUUAACGUGGGCCUUGAGAUGGUGAUGGAGCCAUCCCUUCUAAUCCUGGAUGAACCAACUUCUGGCCUGGACAGCUCCUCAUCACAACUUCUUCUCAGAGCUCUUCGGCAUGAGGCACUUGAAGGCGUGAAUGUUUGCGCUGUUGUUCAUCAGCCGAGCUAUACAUUGUACAACAUGUUCGAUGACUUGAUACUUCUUGCGAAAGGAGGAUUAAUGGUUUACAAUGGUCCAGUUAAGACUGUUGAGGACUACUUCACAACCCUUGGAAUCCAUGUUCCUGACCGCGUAAACCCCCCAGACCACUACAUUGACAUUUUGGAGGGCAUUGUGAAGCCUGACUCUGGCAUCAAAGCGAAGCACCUACCAGUGCACUGGAUGCUAUACAAUGGCUAUGAAGUACCAAGUGACAUGCAAGAUGAUGUCAAGGAAAUUGGUGAACAAACCCCACAAAUCAGGUCCAGCCCUUCAAUGUCUGGUUCAACCCCUCACUGCCUCCCCCUCAGAAACGCUUUUGCAGAAGAGCGUGACCGUCUUGAACACCAUUUGUCAAAACCGAAGGACUUAUCUAGCAGAAAAACACCAGGGAUCUUUAUGCAGUAUAAAUACUACUUGGGAAGGGUUACGAAACAGCGGUUGCGUGAAGCUAGGCUGCUUGCUGUUGAUUUCCUGAUACUAGGCCUAGCUGGUAUCUGCUUAGGGACAAUAGCAAAGCUCAGUGACAAAACAUUCGGGAUGCCUGGCUACAUAUACACUAUAAUAGCAGUUUCUCUUUUGUGCAAGAUUGCAGCAUUGAGGUCGUUUUCACUGGAACGAUUGCAGUACUUUAGGGAAAGAGAAUCUGGAAUGAGCUCGUUGGCGUACUUCCUUGCCAGGGAUACAAUUGAUCAUUUCAGCACAGUUGUAAAGCCGAUCAUUUACCUGUCUAUGUUCUACUACUUCAACAACCCGAGAUCAACAAUUGGAGAUAACUACAUUGUACUCCUCGCACUUGUGUACUGCGUGACGGGGAUAGGAUACACUUUUGCCAUCUGCUUCAGCCCUGGUUCUGCACAGCUGUGUUCUGCCCUUAUACCGGUUGUUCUGACUCUGUUAUCCACUCAAAAGAGCACCCCGAUAUUUCUGAAGAGAUUGUGCUACUCAAAAUGGGCACUGGAGGGCUUCAUAAUUGUAAACGCCAAAAAGUAUCCUGGAGUUUGGUUAAUAACUCGCUGCGGUCUGUUGUUCAACAGUAGUUUCGAUAUCCACAACUACAAGCUCUGUAUUUUGAUUCUGUUUAUGUAUGGCCUGUUCUUCAGGACUGUGGCAUUUGGGGCCAUGAUUUUAUUGAAGAAGAGAUAACCAUAGUCUAGUUAUAGCAUUGUUUCAUACUUAAUUUUUUCAUUCAUUUGUAAAUUUGUAAAUCAGUUUUGAUGUAAACUUUUAGUAUGCUGACUAGCAAAAAAAUUAGGAAAUUCUUUUUUUGACAUAAAUCUAGGGAUGAAGCCAUGAAUAAAAAAUCCCCAUUCACUGCCGCUCU